UAUAACAUUACUCCUUUGCUUCUCUUUUCUUGGAUCUUGCCUUCCCUCUUAGAAACAAUUUCCUCUCACUUCCCUUUUCCCCUUUGCAACAAUUAUUCUUAUUAAGUAUUCUCUCCUCCUCCAACUAUAUACACUUCAUUUAUGCAACUCAUAUUUCUAUAUACUCAUGUAUUCACUUAAUAGCUAAUUCUAUACCAAGUUUGUUGUUUUACUAAAGAAUAAGUUUGUCCUGAAUCCUUUUGGAGAAGCCUGGACACUCCUCAAGCUGCCAGAAGGCGCCCUGUAUUAUCGCAAAAUAGCAGCUGGAUGCCAAAAACCUGCUUCUAUCUGGUGGCCGAAGACGUUCACAAGUGAUUCGAAGUAAUCACACACUGGAAUUCAUGUGCAGAGAAGGAUAUUUGCUCAUAAUGUCUUCAGUUGGGAAGUGUGGUGAUGGGCACAUGGAUUUCCCAUUAUGUAUCUCUGAAAGAGGAAAAAGCUGUAGCCGUUCACCCACAAUUGAGAAUGGAGACAUCAUUACCUUAAAUCAGAAACAGUACAAGUCUGGCUCCUGGGUAGAAUUCAAAUGCCAACCAUAUUAUGCCAUGAAAGGACAUAACAGAUCAUUCUGCGUAAAUGGAAACUGGACAAAAGUGCCCAUUUGUCUGGAGCCCUGUGUAAUCUCAUUGUCUGACACCCAGAAGAUAGGAGUGAAGGGGAGAUCUCCUGAGAACAUGAUUCAGAAUAUGUACCUCCAGCGUGGUGAUUCUGUUGAGCUCAGCUGUAGACCAGGAUAUGUCCUUACAACAAAUCCUUCCCAAUCUGAUUUUUCAAUCCAGUGCACUGAGAAGCCAAUUGUGUAUCCUGAAUGCAAAGGCACUGCCAAGUUGAGAGAAAGAGAGAGAGAGAGAGAGAGAGAGAGAGAGAGAGAACGCGCUGGUUUAAAAAACCAACAAACAUAUAUGCCUACUAUCGAUAUAAAUACAGUACCUCCUGGAUGGAAGCCCUCUUUUUUGAAGAUGUCCUUCAAUCAGGAGACAACAGCAUGCCAAAGGCAGAGGGGGCCAGGGACCCAUUGUCACUUUUUGUCCUUGGGCCCUCUCCAACCUUGCUACAGCCCUGGAGCACGAUUGUAUACCACCCUGAGCUCCAUGGAGGAAAGGAUGGACAAAAAUAAGUGCAGCAAAAGAUGGCUAAAGAACACAAGCUCUUAACUGUUGCUUAAGAAGUCCAGUUCCUGAGUGCAAGUACAUUCAGCAGUGUGUAUGGAGGGGCUAAUGCCCCAAUGUUUGCUCUUGGAAGUAGACAGUAUACACAUGUCCCUGCUAUCAUCUGUGAAAUGCUUGAAGGUAUAUUAUAUUGCAGAUGGAGAAUGCAAGCCUCACCCUUCUCCAAAUGUAUUCUGCCCCUGUUUUGAGGAUCUGUCCCAGAUACAACACACACAGUACACCCACUGAAACUGAUUACUAAUUGACCUAAAAGGAAGACUUGCUUCAAUGAAGGACAAGCAAUACAUUUUAACUUGUUUAUUUGAUUUAGCAUGUUGAUGUGCCUUUUUAGAACAUUCUAAUAAAGGAUCAGUCACUUGAA